AUGAACCUCCUUUUUAGGAGGAAGAGAAACGUGGCCUAUAUGGAACCACUUAUUGAGACAUUCCCAUGGAUCUUAUGGUACAUUUGGAAGGCACGCAACGAGAAAGUUUUCAAUGGAAAGAAAAUCUCACCAGGUGACACCUUGCAGCUAGCUUCUAUAGAAGCUGAAUGCUGGAGAAAGGCAAAUUUACCGGAGGAUGGAGAGGAGGAUGAGCUACAACCAGCACCGUCGCGAGUUUCGACUCUCCCUGUGAACCCCCAAUGUCCAACCUGUCAAAUUGAUGCCUCAUGGGUUGAUAAUAGCACGGUUAGUGGGCUAGGGUGGUUCUACAAGGAUCAAAUGGGAGUUGAAAGAUUUGGUUUACAAGGGAUGCCGGAAGAGCUUAUCAGCUCUCCAUGCAGAGAUGGAAGGAUUCAUAUGGGCCUUAUUUUGUCUACGAGAAGUACAAUGUACCGUGAUCCAUAUGGAGACGGACUGCUCUGA